ACUCCCGCUAAUCACCACGCCCCGUAUUUCACAGUCAUGUGAUAACAACAUUCAGAAAUAGAUACCGUACUCGUAUUCCUGUUUGUUUGUGUUUGUGCGUGCGUGUGUUGUUUUUGUGGGGGGGUUUUCAAAAUAUAAAAUGAAGAAAAAUAUUAAUGGUAAUAUAGUUAUGGAAAAUAUUUCUCAGUAAUUUAGUUCAUUGGACAAUGGCGAGAGAGAAAUCUUUAGCAGAGGAAAUAAACGAAGCUACAGGACAACAUUCCUGUAAAAUCCAGGACAAAGAGAGGAUGGAGACAGAUCAGAUAAUUAUAGAAAACACCAUUCAAGACUUACCUGUUCCACAAUAUGGCCUCACAGUAUUCACUGCAGCGGUCUUUAUGGUGGGAGCAAUGGCGGGGUCCGGCGUUUUGGCCUUACCCAGUGCUGUUAGCGGCGCAGGCUGGGUUGGUAUUGCGUUGAUUUUUCUCUGCUGCUUCCUCUCAGCGUACACAGGGGACAUCCUGGGCAAAGCCUGGUGUCUCGUGCAGGAACGCUACCCAGAAUUCCGGGGCCACGUCAGAUAUCCGUACCCGGCGAUUGGUCAGAUCACGUACGGCAAGCCCGGAAGGUUGUUGGUGUCUUUCUCCAUCAACUUCACCAUGUUCGGAGUGGGCGUCGUCUUCCUGUUACUUGCGUCACAGAACAUCCACGACCUCAUCAACGACCUCAACAAGGACAUCUCUUUCUGCUACUGGCUUAUUAUAGUUGCCGGGCUGCUGGCUCCAUUGUGCUGGUUCGGCACACCCGCUGACUUCCCAUUUGUGGCCAUUGGAGCGACGACGGCGACGUCGAUCGCGUGUGUCGUUCUGUUCGUCAACAUCUUGCUGGACAAGCAAGACGACCAUCAGGUGGAGCACGCGUCGCCCGGGUUCACCUCGUUCUUCAUGGCGUUCGGCACGAUCUGCUUCGCGUUUGGCGGACACCCCGUCUUCCCCACGUUCCAGACAGACAUGAGGGACCACAAGCAGUUUGGAAAAGCCGUGUUCUUAGCUUAUUUUAUUCUUCUGCUGAUGUACUUGCCUGUCGCCACAGCUGGUUACUUCGUGUAUGGCGACUCCGCGAACGCCAACAUCCUGAAGACUGUGUCGAGUGGCCCCAUGUUGUACAUAGUGCAGAUCCUCAUCACUGUCCAUCUGGCCCUAGGCUUCAUCAUCGUCCUUAACCCGAUCUGCCAGGAGGUCGAGGAGCUACUCAAAAUACCUAAAGAGUUUAACUGGAAACGGUGUAUCUCAAGAACUAUAAUUGUGGGACUCGUCCUGUUCGUGGCAGAGUCCAUACCGCACUUCGGCGCCAUCUUGGCACUUGUUGGCGGCUCGACGACGACACUGCUGGCGUAUGUGUUACCGUCAAUAUUCUACAUGAAGCUGUGUCGCAUGGAAGGAGACUGGGAUAAAGUGUAUAUUCCACUGCACACGAAGGUGGCCAACUAUGAGAUCGUGCUAGUGGGGCUGGUGGCUGGUGCCGCCGCUACAUACUCCGCUAUAUCGGGCCUCGCCAGCCCCGACGCCUUCACCUUGCCGUGUUACGUGAACAUCGAGAAAGCAUAACCAGACUAUUUAGCGCAUGGCUGUGUCUAGCCUAAACAGGGGCGGGGCCAGGAGGUUCUUCUGAGUGGUUGAAAACAAAAGAACAUCUUGAGUAUUUAAAAGAACACUGAACAUGUAUUACGUAUAUAACAACAUUCGCACAGAAGCCACGUGGAUCAAGAUAUAACAUCACCACCACUGAUAAUGUAUACAGUUCAACAAAAGUAGGGGAACCUGAAAUACUAAUUAUUAGACCGAAUAUACGUUUUGACUACAGACAUCCUAAUAAAGAACGUUCAGGUCUGUUUGCCAACACACCGAAACACAUUCCAUAGUUUGCACAUGCAUCACGCAGUUGCUCCGUACACGUGCGUGGGGUGUCACUCUCGAUUUUGACAAUUUC